GAUCAAGCUUCUUCAAACAUGCAUGUCGAUGAGCUGCGUACCAGCCUGCAAAGCUUUGGCUGGCCCGACUAUGUUGUCUUCUGCCUUAUGCUCGCCAUUUGCGCCGUUAUCGGUAUUUAUUUUUGCCUCCAGCUUCGCCGCGAGUCCAAACAGCUCAAGUCCGGAGAUGCCGAGCAGGCGGCCAAUAGUGCUGCCUCCUAUUUGGUUGGUGGCAGAAAAAUGAAGAUCUUUCCCAUUACAAUGUCACUCAUAGCGAGUUUUAUAUCGGGCAUCACAUUGUUGGGCACACCUACUGAGGUUUACCUGUACGGUUCGCAGUAUAUGUAUAUUAUGGGCUCCCUAAUACUGAUGGGCGUCUGCAUGUUUUACAUCUUUCUGCCCGUAUUCCACGAACUCAACCUGAUCUCCACAUACAAGUAUCUGGAACAGCGCUACAAUCGCAGUCUUCGUCUCUUUGGUUCCGUCAUGUUUAUAAUGGCAUCGCUGUUGUGGCUGCCCAUCGUGAUCUAUGUGCCGGCGAUAGCUUUUAACCAAGCAACUGGCGUAAACAUCCACAUUGUGACGCCAUGUGUGUGCGUGGUCUGCAUCUUCUACACGUGCAUUGGCGGACUGAAGGCCGUGGUCUGGACAGAUGUCAUCCAGACACUGAUCAUGUUUGGGGCAAUGGCUUUGGUGCUGAUCAAGGGCACUAUGGACAUUGGAGGACCGAGUGUCGUUUGGCAGCGGGCGAGGGAUACAAGGCGCAUAGAGGCGCCCAGCUUUAAUCCAGAUCUCAGCGAGCGAUACACCUUUUAUUCCCUGGUGUUGGGAGGCGUGGCACAUUGGCUGAAGUCGAAUGCUAUUAGCCAGAACAUGAUACAGCGAUAUCUGUCUUUGCCGACGUUGCGAGAUGCGAGGAUUGCCAUCUGGACAUUCAUAGCCGGAGUCUUGACCUUCAUCAUUAUCUGCGGCUAUGCAGGACUCCUCAUUUAUGCAACGUACGCAGACUGCGAUCCUCUGGAGACAAAGCUGGCUCAACGCAACGACCAACUGUUGCCGCUCUUGGUGAUGGAAACUCUCGGCGCAUAUCCUGGCUUGCCAGGAGUCUUUGUAGCCGGAGUAUUCAGUGCAGCUCUCUCCUCACUCUCCACGGGCCUCAACUCCCUCUCGGCCGUUGUGCUGGAGGACUUUGUCAAGACCUUCCGCCGUCAACCUCUCAGUGAGACACAAACCGCCUUCGUCAUGCGAAGCGUCGUCGUUCUCUUCGGCAUCAUCUUUGUCGCUUUGGUUUUCCUCGUGGAGAAGCUGGGCGCUGUGCUCCAGCUGAGCAUAAUAGUCAGCUCGGUGGCGAAUGGUCCGCUGCUGGGCAUCUUCACAGCCGGCGUCAUGCUGCCCUGGGUCAAUUCAAAGGGUGCUCUGCUUGGCGGCUUCAGUGCGCUUCUUGCCAUGGCCUGGAUGUGCAUAAGUGCUCAGCUUGAUCUUGUGAAUGGGGAUCUGGUUUAUCUAAGAAAGCCCUACUCCACACUGGGUUGUAAUUAUACGUUUGAUGGCGUGCGUGGUGAAUUCAGCAGCCUACCUCUAGAUGGCGCCACCAGUCCAGCAUCUGCGGCGCCUUUCAAGCUCUAUCGCAUCUCGUAUCUGUACUUCACAUUGUUUGGAGCACUGGUGACUAUUGUGGUUGCAUCGGUGACCAGUCUGUUGCUGCGUGAAUCCGAUGUGGAUGCGGUCGACACACGUCUACUAACUCCAUUUGUUCGACGUUGGCUGGAGCGACGUCGCAGUCGACGCACUCAGGUGCCGGCGGGAAAGCAGGGAAAACAGAAGCAGAAGAUCCUGCAUGAGACGGCAACGUGAAUGGAGACAAGUGGGUGGAGAGAGGAUGAUGAUUAUUAUGAUGGUUGCAUCUUCUGUCGGCCAAAAUGUUCCUUUGGUAGCUUAGCAAAUAUUUAAAAUUAAAUAAAAUACAAUUCCAAAAUGAUCUAGUUUGGGUUCAAAGCCAGCUGCUUUUUCUGUUUAAUUAGAAAAAUGCCCGCAGUGAUGGGACCCUGCACCCAGAACCCUUGCUAAAUCAAAGCAAACUACUCACUAAAUUAUAAAUAAAAAAAA